GAGCAGGAGAUGAUGAAGCUAGCAUUUGGCCCCGAAGAUGUAUUACUCUCCAAAAUUGAUGAAGCUAAGACGAUAUUAGGAUUCUUAUCCCAAAAUAACUUUUCAGUUUCUUCUCAAAACCAUUCUCUGCAAAACUUAGGGUUUACUCCGCAAACCUAUCCUGAUUCAAUCGGAGAAGAUUACUCUUUUUCUGUGCAGUCCCAACUCUUCAAUUUGGAGGAGAAAAUGGAGCCAUCUUCAUCUGUGGGUAACCAUUACUUCCACCAAGAUUCUUCUUUUAAUGGCAGCUUGUCUUCAAGCACAAGCAGGAGAUCACCAAGCCUUCUCGAAUUUCCUAUAAAGACCUGUCAUUACUUCAAUAAGGGAUUCUGCAAACACGGUGAAAAUUGUAGGUAUUUUCAUGGCCAUUAUCAGGCUUUUGGUUCACACUUAAAUGAGUUCCAAAGUGAGGAAAAUGGGUUCACCCCUGAGUAUCUUGAGAAGCUAGAAAUGGAGAUUGCUGAACUCUUGAAGUCUCAUGGAGGGGCACCUGUUUCAAUUUCAUUGUUACCCAUGUUGUAUUAUAAGAAGUAUGGAAGAAUUCUUCGAGCUGAUGGUUAUCUGACAAAGCUACUCUCCUGUUUUAGCAAUAGUAUUCUCCUGAUCAAUCGGCCUCGUGGGCAGCAUUCGAUGAUUUUAACGGAGGAUGCGCCAAAAUACCUUGAAUGCCUGCAUGAGAGGAGCGAACAGGGGUCGACAUCUGCCGGCUCUCAUCAGAUAUAUCUCACAUUUCCAGCGGAUAGCACAUUUAGUGAGGAUGAUAUUUCCAGUUACUUUAAGCAAUUUGGCCCUGUUAAGGAUGUAAGAAUUCCUUGUCAGGAAAAGAGAAUGUAUGGGUUUGUUCGCUUCCUCUAUCCAGAAACAGUGUGUCAUAUUUUGAUGAAGAAAAAUGCACAUUAUAUAGGUGGUUCUCGUGUUCUAGUUAAGCCAUACAAGGAGAAGUCGAGGAUGGUGGACAGGUCAUAUAUUGGGAAGAAUAAGCUUUCAAUGCAUCAUCCUUGUCAAUAUCUUGAUCUGGAUUCGGAGCUUUUUGGGAUUACAAGGAAUGCCCCGAUAGCUCAAGGAUGAUUAAAUUGCACCUCGUGGAACAACAAAAUAUGAUAGAAUUAGAAAGAAGCCGACUCUCUCGUUUCAAUUUAGUACAAGAACACCAACAAUCCUACAACAACUAUGGUGUUGAUGGUGUUGAUGGCCUUAAACUCUUAGAAGUUGCAGAUUCUAAUCACUUUGAAGAAGAUCAUUUGGGCUUUACUCUUGAUGUUUCAAACACUGGUUUAUCUAGUCAUGUCGAAACUAGAAAUACAAUCAACAAUUGCAGUUACAAAGAAAGUGGUUACUUUGAGCUCCCUGAAAAUCCAUUUGGAUCUCCACCAUCGGUUGGAAGCAGCUUUAUACACUGAUAUAGAGAUUCAGAGAAGCAAAUGUGAUGGAAAAUGAAGGACUAGAAGAAAAAAAAAAUAAUUAAAUUUUUUUCCGCCCUCUUCUUCUAUUUCACUGAUCUAUAUUUCUUAACAAACCACCUUUAUACUAGAGAAUAAAAAAAGCAAUGUGAUAAAAUUGCACAAUGAUGCUAUAGUUUUCUUAUAAUUACAUUUACAAAACAUAUUGACAUCGAUCUCACAGAGAAUGUUUAUAAGAACUUGAGUGCUAAGAAGCUACUUCAAUCUUCUCAGUUUAGUGCAGACAAGUCAUGUCUAUAUAAACAACUAUAAAGAAACUUUUUAUUUUUAUUUUUAUAUAGGUGCUCAUGUUUUUGUUUU